AUAGAGCAAAAAUGUUAUUUUAGAGAUGUCCACCGAAUUUUAAUACAGCAAGAACACAACCGAUAAUUCAUAAAGGCGAUAGGGGUAUAUUGCGCCAUUCACAAAUCUGAGGUGUGUUUUUCGGUAGUGUUUUCUCUCUCUUGCGAAAAUACCCAGUUUAGUAGAGAGAGAGAGAGAGAGAGAUUUUAGAAGGGUAACAGCCAAUGUCUAGACUUCGAGGUUUGUGGGAGGCUUCAAUCUCUGCUACAAAAAAAGCACUUUCUUGGAACGUGGAGGAUCUGAUGCCACCGAGUGAGAAAUAUGUGUUCAGGUUCAAUUCAAUAGAUGAGCUGAAAAGGUGGCAUCUUUAUUCUGAUUCUGAAUAUGGUGGUUUAUCUUCAGCCUCCUUGGAAAUAGAAAAUGUUGGAACGGGACACAAUGGGAUAUUUUCUGGCCACCUUUCAUCUGAUGUAUCUGAUGGUUCGAAAUGGAGAAUGAAUCGAAGUGGUUUCUGUGGAAUGCGAUCUAAGAAGUUUGAUGGCUUCAUUGACUUGGAAGCAUACGAUACGAUAGCCAUGAAGCUUAAGGGAGAUGGGCGAUAUUAUAUUUCUACUAUAUACACAGAAAAUUGGGUAAAUGCCCCUGGUCAACAGGAAGACAACACAUGGCAGGCAUUUGUGAGACUGCCCAAAGAUAAUUGGUAUAUUGCAAAGAUUCCUCUUACUAGCUAUAUGCCAACAUGGCGAGGAAACGUAGUAGACGUAAGGUUGGAGAUGAAUCCAUCACGUAUCUUAGGUAUGUCUCUCUCUGUGAAUGCAGAAGGUGGGCCUCCUGGAUCAGUUUCCGGAUCUGGAGAUUUCAAGCUAGAGAUUGACUGGAUCAAGGCACUAAGGACAUGAAAACCAUUAAGCUACCAUGACUUUUUUUCUCAGUUCACUGUAAUUUUACCCUGUGUUCUUUGUUAGAAUUGAUUAGUUAUUCAUAAUUUAAUGUGAGUUCUGAGUUUUUCUGCU